AUGCAUAUGCGACAACUGCUUGCUGUUGAGUUUGCUUUUGUAGCUUAUUUUCAAGUUUCACGUGGUGACGUGAGUCAUGCUAGCAAUGAUGUGUCAUCUACCGCGAAAGUGGUGCGGGAAUGCUCCAUGCGUGGAGUAUGCGGACGCCGUGGCGCCAUGCAUCAAACGUGUCCUUAUCAUGGACCACCUUUGCGAAUAUCCGUGGAAAAACAUCGGCAAACAUUGGCAUCACUAUGCCCUCACCUGUUUCAAGGAGAGAGUCAUGAUCGGGUUGAAAGUGGCGGUACGGGGUUGUUGUUUCGACGAGCUGAGCAUCCCCGCAGUGUUUACUCCGAGGUGAAAACAGGGGCAGCGAAGGAAAACAUAUAUCUUUCUGCAUAA